UCUGCGGAGUCACUCCGCAAGCCUAUCCCGGUCCAUUAGCAAUCAAUCCGCUCUGCAGACAAAAUGGCAGCAUGGAGGAAACAGAAAGAAAUGGAUGACUCUUACCCAGAAUACUGGAACCUCCCCGUCCUCAAAAUUUUGCGGCUCGCCAAAAUCCGGCACACUGAUAUCGCGAAUUCCCAACUUCUCCACGGCCUCCCAUCCCCAGGCCACAGGCUCUCCAUGCGUCGCAAGAUACGGCCUAGUUACAUCCCUGACAGCCUCAAUAUCCUCUUCACGGUACGGUCUCAUGGACACGAUACACGAUCCACCCGCGAAGAUUCCCGCCGGCAAAAGGGGAAUAUUACUUCUAUACAUGGCUACGAUUCGGCCUGUCUUCUGAUGUCUCGGCUGCAGACCAGCCGACGCGAGAGCGUCCUCGAACGAGAACGAGCAGCCGAUUAGGAAGCCGACGUAGUCAUCGCGCCAGAUAUCGAGCAAGUCGGUGCGGGUGGCGAGGUACUUGCCGUGCUGAUAGACGCGGUACUUGGGAAAGUCGGUCCGGAUAUCGAAGUCAGGGGUUUGGAUACACGAGGGCGGUUGAAUAAGGUGUGGGUUCCCUGGAGUAGUGGUGUGACCGAGGAGAGGGCAGGGGACGGGAUUGCGACGACACAGGUCGUGGAAGUCGCGGGCAUGUUUGGACGGGAGGAUUAAUAGGUUUGCUUGCAAAUAGCCCGGCGCGAUACCGGAUGUAUUCGUGAUGAGGUUGUUUCGGCUGAGAAUGCGGGCUUGAUGAGACGGCGAUGGUGAAGACAUUGUAGCUGUUGGGGCUGUCUUGCGAUUUAGGCCUUCGAAAAUGGUCGUGACUUGCAAGUCUGAGGUUAUCUUGACAUGUUGAAUAUGUCAAUUGACUGCCUCAUUUCUAUCUGCAACCCUUAUCUUCUCCUCGCGAUGAUCCCAGUGUCUCCUCUCAAUUCCGUGCCCCAUAUCCACAUCGGUCCGAUAUCUGGGGGACGUCGGGGACACAUUCCGCCAACGAUAACUCAGGAUCGACAGUCAUUGGAGAAUCGUGCACACCCUAGCAAACCCUAGACUAGUCUGAAGGUGCACAAAUCCCCCUCUUUGGGGCUUAUCAUCACCUCGUCGGGCCGAAGGGAGGCCCACCUGUGGAGCACGUCCGAGAUACACGGCGUGAUUGGCACACGCAGUUUCUAUUACCCAAGAAGAUACCCCGAUAACACGGGGAAAGCUGCUGGUAUGGGGUAUGAUAGACAUGCGGGCAGGGGAUUGUCGUAUCAUGGUAUGGCUGUGAGAUAAUACCCGUGGGUGGCUUUAGGGUUGAGGGUUUUUAAUGUUUGCCGCGUGGGAUGGGUUUUGCUCAUCCCUUCAUUCUCACCGGACCGUGGGGAUUGGCAGAACGAAGCUGUCAAUUAAAGUCUCCAUCGUGAAUUGUCCUUAGCAACAGCUCAUUUCACAGUUUCUAUCAAGCGAACACCAACAUUGGUGCGAUGUCGCUGAACAAAGAUAUCCCCCUAGAGAGCAAGCCGCCCCAAGAUAAGCCCUCGCUCGACGAGGCCGGUUUUGGCGAUGUUGAGGACAUUGUGCUGGACCCGAAGAAGGAGAGCAAGCUGCUCCUGAAGCUAGAUUUGGCCUUUGUGCCCAUCAUCAUGCUCACGUACCUGUCCUGCUUUCUGGAUCGAACGAACAUCGGCAAUGUCAAAGUGGCCGGCAUGCCCGAAGCGAUCGGUGCCUCGGAGAGUCAAUUCUCCACCGCCGUAUCGAUCUUCUACGUCACUUACGUUCUGCUCGAGGCGCCGUGGGCCGUACUGAUGAAGAAGCUCACGCCGCGCAAUAUCCUCACGGGUCUGUGCAUCGUCUGGUCCAUCGCAACCGUCUUCACGGGCUUCGUGGAGAAUGUGGGCGCGCUUUACGCCACAAGGCUUAUCCUGGGAGCCUGCGAAGCCGGACUCUUCCCCUGUCUGAACCUGUACUUGACGAUGGUGUAUCGUCGCGAGGAGCAGGCAAAGCGAGUUUCGUAUCUGAUGAGCUGCGCUGCGAUCUCAGGAGCCGUGGGAGGACUCCUGGCAUAUGGUCUACUCCAUAUGGACGGACUCGGAGGCAAAGCCGGCUGGCGAUGGGUCUACAUAAUCGAAGGCCUCUUCAGCAUCAUCUGCGCAUUUCUGAUCUGGUUCGGCCUCCCCAACGACCCCGCAAACGCCUACUUCCUCACCGACGAGGAGAAAUGGAUGAUGCGUGUGCGCAACGAACAACGUCGCAAAUACAUGGGCAGCGAGGAGUUCAGCUGGGAGGAAAUGCGCCUCGCCGUGCGCGAUCCGAAACUGAUGUUCAGCGCCGUCACACAAUUCUGCCAGGAUAUCUUGCUGUACGGAUUCAGCACGUUCCUGCCGACGAUUCUGCAGAGUAUCGGGUACAAUUCGCUCAUGAGCAAUGUGCUCACGGUACCGGUGUAUAUGUGGGCGGCUAUCGUGUUUAUUGCGGUCGCCUUCUGCGCCGAUCGGUAUUCGAAGUUCUCCGUGUUCAUGCUUGUAACCAACGUCUUCGGCAUAGCCGGCUACAUCAUUCUCCUCUCCGUCUCGAACAACUCUGUGAAAUACUUCGCCACCUACCUCUGCGGAAUCGCCACGUACACAGGGGUCGGACUGAACGUCGCCUGGCUGAACGUCAACGUGGCGCCGCAAUACCGCCGCGCGCUCGCGGUCGGACUCCAGCAAACGCUCGGGAACUGCGCCGGCAUAGUCGCUGGCCAAGUCUACCGGGAGUCGCCGUACGUGCUCGGGAAUGCAUUUUCUUUAGGAGCGUUAGCGGUCGCACAGGGCCUUAUUGUCGUGCAUGCGUGGUAUCUUCGGAGGGAAGAUCGGGAGAAAGAGAGGAUUCUAGAGGGUAAGGAAGAUACGAGGCGAGUGAAGACGGGAGAUGCGGAGCUGGACUUUAGGUACCGUUACUAGGUUUAAUCUAAAUGUACAUAACUACCCCUCCGUGAAGUUAAUGCACCUGGAGUGCCGUGAAGAAAGGUGGAUUUAGGGUUGCAUGGGAGUGGAGGUGGGUAUUUCGAUAUGACGACAUGACUUCACCGCGGGAGCGUAGGUAUAUCUACAGUUCCUGUUGCCAAUCCACCCGAUCAAUGAGACCGUACUAUCUCUCAGUUCUUCCAAUUAAUUAGCCAUUGAAACUUGUGCUUUUUUUUUCAAACAGUUUCCUCCUCAUUUUUAUACUCUCUCAUUACCUCGAAACCCCUCCACGACCGACCACGAAAUCCAACCCUUUAUCAGCAGACCACCCACAAGAUGGGACUGUGUUUCAGCUUCCUCCGCCGUCGCAUGAACUCAGGCCAAGGGAUGGGAAUGAACUCCGGUCCAGGCCAUCGACCCCAUCCCCAGGGCGGCGGCGGAUACGGUCUCAGCUCGUUUAUCAGUGGCGGCGGGCAACAACAUCACUCCGGAAUGGGGGGCCUGGGAGGCAUGAACGGGAUGGGAGGCCGACAACAUCAUAGUG